UACCUUAAUAGAUAGAUAUAUCUUAAUUCGUGGUAUAAAUCAUACUGUAUGAUCUGAAGCAAGGUACUGUAAACUGUAUUGAAUAUUGAAUAUUGAUACACCUUGAUCUGAAGUUUGUAUCUCCGAAUAACAUGGAAACAAGCCCGCGCACCAACAUGAUGUUCUAACCUUGGUUACCCGUAUUAUGGAAACGUUUACUGGCACAUAGGUGGGGUACGAUACGCGGGUCGGCUUGUUUACCAUUUCUGAUGGCCGAUUGUCUAUUAUAGCUAUUUCACAUUUUCACGAUACCAUAAGCGUAACAGUUAUAUUAUUGUAGUUACUAAAAAUUAAUCCACGUUACACGUUUUUAAAACGGACUAGUGAAGACGUGGAGUGCGUUCGGUCUUCAGACUUCAAAUUGCAAUACACCGGAGUAGUCGCAGUAAGUCAUUAAAAUGUUUACUUAUACAAAUCCUCGUAAAUCUCUUCCGAGGUCUCUUCAGAUUCAGUUACAUAAAAUUGAACAAUCACCAUUGACAACAAAUAGAAAACGUAAAUUAUUUUGUAUAGACAAUGUGGAUGAAAAUAUCUCUCCAUCAAAAGUAUAUGAUCCUGAACAUGAUUUUCCUGAAACAUCUUUUAAUAUGAAUUCAACUGAAUUAACUCCUACUCUGAGUGAAAAAUUUGAAAGUCUUAUUUCAAAAUCAAAGAAUGAACAAUUAUGUUUAUCAUCAAUUGCCACAGCGGAAUCUUCAACUUCUCAACUAAUUGAACAUAAUACCAUAACACCACUGAAAUCGAAAAAUGUCAAAGGAGUUGAAUAUCUUUCAAAUGAUACCUUUAGUUCAAACAAAAUUCAAAAUAACAAAGCUGACUAUGAAGUAAAAGCUUCGAGUUCUUAUGAUUAUAAGGAUUUAGUCUUUGGAAAAAUUAAAGACACUAAUGUUGUUCUGAAAAAACGUAAAUUAUUUAAUGAAUUUGAGUUAGACACUGAAAAUACUUCUUUAACUGCUCCUGUAUCGCACAAGAAAACUUCAUUCUUUGACUAUGGAUUUUGCAAAAAUAGUGUUCCCAAGCUUCAAAGGUCAUUUUCAACUAAUGAUGCCACUAUAAAAGCUGCAUUUGAGAAAGAGGAUAAUGAAUCAAAUUUAAUUGGUGACUUCAGUCGAUCAUUUAUAUUGCCUUUGUUAACACUUGGCCGUCAUGCAGAUCUCCGUAGUAUAUCUUCCGAUACAUUGGCUCAUUUAUUGGAGGGCGCAUUCAAUGAUUGUAUUGAUUCCUAUGUGAUAAUAGAUUGCAGAUAUCCCUAUGAAUAUGAAGGUGGUCAUAUAAGAGGAGCUAUCAACAUAUUUACUAAAGAGCAACUAUUUAAAGAUUAUACUGAAGACAAGUUGGGUAAAAAAUCUCAUAAAACUGAUAAAAUUAAUGUGAAGAGAAAUGUUUUGAUAUUUCACUGUGAAUUUUCAUCGGAGAGAGGCCCACGUCUGUCGCGAUACCUGCGUAACGCAGAUAGGGAAAAUAACAGUAUGUGCUAUCCUUACUUGGACUAUCCAGAAAUGUAUUUGCUUGAUGGUGGAUACUGUAAAUUUUACAGUCAACACAGUAGUUUGUGUGUGCCAUCUAGUUAUCGGUCAAUGUAUGAUCCUGCCCACACCUCAGAUCUAAGAAAGUUCCGUUCCAAAUCAAAAACAUCGUCUUGUCACAAUGUUACAACGUCACUUUUAGCUGGCAGAAACACACUCAAACGAUUGGGUUUUAAUUAAUCGCUUUUACGUAUUAUUUCGUGUAAAUAAGUGUUGAGUUUUUUUUUAUAUAUAUUUGAUUGUUUUUGCGUUUAUUUGUAUUCUUUUUAACCAUUUAACCAAUUUUUCUUUUUAAAACUGAUGCAAUUUUGUAUAACUUUUGUGAUGCUAUAUUAUAGUAUUGCUAAGUGCAAUAAGAUUUUUUGUAUAGCAUUAAACUAAAAAAAAAAAAAAUAUUACUUGUUGGUGUGUAAACAUUUAAAAAAAGAAGACUUAUAGGAUUUAUUAUGUUUUUUUUCAAUCCAUUAUUAAAAUAAUUAAGUUAUAAUGAAUGAAAAUCGAUUGAAUGUGUUAUUUUUUUUUUCAUAUCACGUUUCCCAUAUUGUGUUCUACAUUUUUAUGUGUAUUAGUAAAAUGUAUAUAUGCUAAGUAUUUAAAAAAAAAAUGUA